AUGCCUCCACCAUUCGGAGAUGAUGCGGUCUCUGUUGUUGGCAGCGACGGCGAAGCUGCUCCUCGAGAUUCCCAAGAGAGCCUUGACAUCGCACCGAAUGAUCAACUCAACAGCGAACUCCAGGACGAUGUCGUGAAUGCUUCAGAAGAGGCUGCUCGAGUUCAAGAUGAGGGCGGAGAAGAGGACGAUGAAGAGGAGGAAUUCGAUGUUGAAGCUAUCAGAAGCCACAUGAUACACGGACGUACUGUUCUCUACGAGAUCAAAUGGCAGGGCUAUCCCGAGGACCAGAACACCUUCGAGCCUGAGAAGAACCUCCUACCUCACGCCAAGAUGAUGUUGACGAAAUACCACCAAAAGAUCGGAGGACCCCCGGACAAGACUCUGACGAAAUCAAAGUCGACACAACCCCUGCAAAGACAAUCAUCCGCAGAAGAAUCCCGAGCCCCGAAACGACAAAAACGUACCGCUAGCAAAGGUGCUCGUGCGCCGGAAGAAUUAGGAACCUGGGUGCCUGCGAAGGAAGACUGGGAGAGUUUCAUCGUCAAAGUAGACACGGUCGAACGAAGCGAGUCAGGACAAUUGAUGGCCUACAUCGACUUCAAAAACGGCAAGAAGACCAAAGUCAGUAUGGACAAGGUCUACCGUCACUGUCCUCGAGCCAUGCUCAAAUUUUAUGAAGGACAUUUGAAGUUUAAGUAG